AUGGCCGCGACAUGGGACCUCGACCUUGUCGGCGAGGUUGCAGCCAAGAUCCUCGCUCCGGAAUGCAAGCUCAAAGCGGCUAGCAUGCUGCUCGGACCGACUUGCAAUAUACAACGCGUCAACCGAGAUCUAUCUCGCACCCUUCUUAGGCUGAUGAACAGAGAGGGCAUCUCUGCAUGUAUCAAGCAUCUCGUAGGCAAUGAGCAGGAGCAGGAACGCCGUGGGUCGGAUUCGCUGAAUUCUGACCGGCCACUGCAGGAGAGCUACCUGUACCCAUUUAUACUCGCUCAAAAGAACUCCAAGCCAUGGUCGUAUAUGACAGCGUCGGUCAUAUCCCCGCCGAUAGUUGAAAGAAGUCUGAUCUCCAUUGUGCAGAGAGUGGCGGAGUUUGUAAAGAAGGUGGCAACUUCCGCACCUGAGAUUUUAGACGGGGACCAAAAAGAGCGCACCUAUGACACGCGCGCAGACGCGGCACUGCUGCGCAAAGUGGCAAGCAACGCGAUCGUUCUCCUCAAGAAUAACGGGGCUAUCCUUCCCCUGAAGGCGGAGAACAUCAAGACUCUUGCCAUCAUCGGUCCGAGCGCGAAGCAGAUGUACUGUGCAUGCGGUGGAUCUGCCUCACUGAACGCGUCGUAUGUCGUUACUCCCACUGACGGCAUUGUCGCUGCAUUGCCAAAGAAUGUCAAUGUUGUAUAUGCGGAAGGGUGUCAAGGACACAAGCGCGCCCCGAUCUUGACUGAUCAUGAGCUGACGACUCCCAAAGGCACACCUGGAAUGAAAGGCACCUUCUAUCUCAAACAGACCGACAAUGGCCAGUACUCUGAACCGACUGACUCUUUCCUUCUGGACAAUAUGAACUCGAAGAUGCAUGACAGCGAUAUCUUCUUCGCCAAAGAGGAAUGGUACAUGGUACUGGAAGGGAGGAUUCGACCGGUGCAAGAGAAGACGGAAUUCCGAUUGGGCCCAAGUGUUUCGGGUCGGGCAAGGCUGUUCCUCGACGACACACUGCUGAUCGAUCUGUGGAGCUGGGGGCCUGGGACAGCACAAGCGAGAUAA